GACAAAAAAUGGAACACACCAGCAGUGUGAGGAGACCUGAAAGUGGCACAUGGCAUGGCAGAGUGUGGCGAUGGAGACAGCAGCAAUGGGAGGCCGUACAGGGACCCAUGAGACACUGUGGACCUGGCAGCAGCAUGAGGAGGCGGUACAGGGGCCCAUGGCAGAUUAGGGGCCUGGCAGCAGCUAUAUGGGAGGCCCGUAAUCUGCCAGCACCCUAUGACAAAAAAUGGAACACAGCAGUGUGAGGAGACCUGAAAGUGGCACAUGGCAGAGUGUGGCGAUGGAGACAGCAGCAAUGGGAGGCCGUACAGGGACCCAUGAGACACUGUGGACCUGGCAGCAGCAUGA